UUAGUAAUAUAACAUUAAUUCGAGUCAGUCAGCAACAAGUAUUCGUAAUCGCAAGAGUGAAUAAGCACAAUUGUAACAGUUACCGUGCGCGAUAUAACUCUCAUUAUGGAUUACACUAAAUUCUAUUCUGAAGUCACCAAUAGACGAAGAAACAACUUAAUUUUACACUUGUAUGAUCUAUACAUGUCUCAUCCAAACGGUAUAUCUCUUGCUGGUGCUUUCCCAAGUGCCGCUACAUAUCCUGUUGAAGAUAUUUCCGUGACAUACAAACUCGACAAUUUGAUAAAAUUUAGCAAACCUGAAGUGACUGCAGCGCAGCAAUAUCAUUCUGCACAAGGUUAUAAACCACUAUUGGAAAAAUGGAAGGAAUUCCAAAAAAUGUGGCAUACACCAAUGCAAAACAAUUGGGAUGUCGCAAUAACGUGCGGUUCCCUGGAGGGUUCCAGUAAAAUCUUUGAAAUGAUGAUCAACAAAAAUGAUCCAGUUUUACUCGAAACGCCAGCAUAUUCUGGAAUAAUUGGAGCGUUAGCACCGCUGUCACCAGAUAUUAUAGAGAUCAACCAAGAUGCCGAAGGACUCAUUCCCGAGGAGAUUACUAAGGAAUGCGAGCAAAGACUUGCCACUGGUAAACCGAUGCCAAAAUUACUUUACACUAAUCCGACAGGAGCAAAUCCUACAGGCACCGUCUUGUCGGAGACCCGACGAAGGAAAGUGUACGAAUUGGCGCAAAAAUACAACUUUCUGAUCGUCGAGAACGAUUCUUACUACUUUGUUCACUUCUUAGAUAAACAGCCUACAUCAUUUUUCUCUCUCGAUACUGAUGGUCGCGUAAUCAGAUUGGAUUCGAUCAGCAAGAUAAUGAGCACGGGGUUUCGCAUCGGAGUCGUCACAGCCCAUAGAGACAUUGUGAAAAAACUGACUCUUCAUAUGGACAGUUCUACUCUACAAGCGUCAUCUUUGUCCCAAAUGUUUUUAUACAAAUUAUUCGAAGUUUGGGGAUCACAGAAAUUGGAAAAAUAUUUCAAAGAUAUACAAAAGUUUCAUCGGGAGCGACGUGACAUAAUGCUAGCCAUAGUUGAAAAACAUUUGACAGGUUUGGCGGAAUGGUACGUGCCGCAAGGUGGAUUAUUUCUUUGGAUCAAGCUGACGUCUAUAGAUAAUGUACUAGAUUUAGUGAUGAAAAAAUGCGUGCCUCAAGGUGUCCUCGUUGUUCCUGGAAAUGCCUUUUACUAUGAUCCUUCAAAACCUAGUAACCACUUAAGAAUUAGCUUCACUAUCUCGCCAGAAGAUAUGGAAAAGGGAAUAUCUAUACUAGCCAAAAUAAUACGCGAAGAAGUAGCGAAGAAAAAUAAUGUUGAGUGAGCAUGUUGCAUGUGAAAGGAUUUUUAUUAUCUCAUACGUAUCUAAAGUUAAAAAUACUUAUCUAAAGAAUUUGUGUUGUUAAGAUCAAUAAGUAAUUGUGUAUUUUUGGAAAUCCUCUAAUAAGGUUUCUGUACUUUUAAAACGUCGAAUGCCAUCUACACAUCGAAAAGCUGUGAUCGGUAACUUACUGACAAAUUUUUCUGAGUAUGGUUUAAUAUCUUACUCUAUUUGUAUAUGGACGGAAUGCUUUAUUAAUUAAUAACAGUAUUAAUUUCAAAAUUUCAUCAUCAAAAUAACGAGCUAUAAGUCAAAUCAGCUUAAGUGAUAAACACAAUUUCUGUUGUAGAAACGUUUAAUAUAUCAUAUCAUAG